AUGAGUCUCCUGGGGCGGGUAGCUGUGCGUCGAGCCAGGAAAGCCGCCCUGCUCUGUGUCAUCUUCCUCAUGGUGCAAGAGUGGAGCAUGAAUGUGGAGGUGGCGGUGGCAGCAGCGGCGGCAGCGUCAGGGCCUCAAGGCUGCCCCUCUGAAUGCUCCUGCUAUAAUCAGCUCAGCAAGGUGGUGUGCACCCGCCGUGGCCUCACCCGGGUACCCCCGGGCAUCCCCUCCAACACGCGCCACCUCAACCUGAUGGAGAACUCCAUCGAGGCGGUGCAGGCCGACUCGUUCCGCCACCUCCACCACCUGGAGGUCCUCCAGCUGGGUCGAAACGCCAUCCGACAGAUAGAGGUGGGGGCCUUCAACGGCCUCACCAGCCUCAACACGCUGGAGCUGUUCGACAACCGCCUCACGGUGGUGCCGAGCGGGGCCUUUGAGUAUCUGUCAAAGCUGAGGGAACUGUGGCUCAGGAAUAACCCCAUUGAGAGCAUCCCUUCGUACGCCUUCAACCGUGUGCCCUCUCUGAUGAGGCUCGACCUGGGGGAGUUACGCAAACUAGAGUACAUCUCCGACGGAGCUUUUGAGGGGCUGCACAACCUCAAGUACCUCAACCUGGGAAUGUGCAACAUUCGAGGGGAAAUGCCCAACCUGAGCCCGCUGCUCGGCCUGGAGGAGCUGGAGAUCUCGGAGAACCUCUUUCCGGAAAUCAAGCCGGGCUCUUUCCGAGGCCUGCGCUCGCUGAAGAAGCUGUGGAUCAUGAACUCUCAGAUAGGGCUAAUCGAGCGCAACGCUUUUGACGAGCUCACGCCCCUGGUGGAGCUCAACUUGGCCCAUAAUAACCUCAGCACUCUGCCCCACGCCCUCUUCACCCCACUGAGGUACCUGCUGGAGCUGCACCUGCACCACAACCCCUGGAACUGUGGCUGCGACUCGCUGUGGCUGUCGCGAUGGCUCCGAGAGUACAUCCCCACCAACUCCACCUGCUGCGGUCGGUGCCACGCUCCAGCCCACAUGAGAGGUCGUCAGCUGGUGGAGCUGGACCGGGGAGACGACGGGGCCCCCCAGUGUUCGGCGCCGUUCAUCGCAGACGCGCCGCGCGAUCUCAACAUCUCUGCGGAGCGGGUGGCCGAGUUGCGGUGUCGCACGGCAGCCAUGUCGGCGGUGCGGUGGCUGCUGCCGAACGGCACCAUCCUGACGCACGCGUCCAAGCACCCGCGCAUCACUGUGCUCAAUGACGGCACCCUCAACUUCUCCAAUGUGCUGGUGGGGGACACAGGCAUGUACACUUGUAUGGUCUCCAACGCGGCUGGAAACUCCAACGCCUCUGCGUACCUCAAUGUCAGCGCUGCGGAGCUCAACACGUCCAACCUGAGCUACUUCUCCACGGUCACCGUAGAGGUCCUGGGGCCCACGUCAGAGAUGCCCAAGCCCAAGACCUCCACCACCUCCACCACCACCGCAGACACAGGGAGAGGAGGCACCACCACCACAACAUCAUCCCCGUCAGUCUAUCAACCAGUCUUCAUCUCCACACCCACUGUUCUGCUCCAGAGCACUGACGCCCCGCCAUCACGCCCCAUUUCUGUGCCAAACGCAAAAGUGACUACGGGACGGCCACAAAACCCCAGCACCAGUCUGGACGAGGUGAUGAAGACCACAAAGAUAAUCAUCGGCUGCUUCGUAGCCGUCACUUUGCUAGCCGCCAUCAUGCUGAUUGCCUUUUACAAACUGCGCAAAAGACACCAGAAGAGGAGCACUGUCGCUGCCGAUAAAACGGUGGAGAUAGUUCACGUGGAACAAGAAGAACUCCCCCCUCCUGCCUCGUCGAGUGCGAGACGAGACGGCUCACGAACUCUGCCAGAAAUCAAGGACCACAACAGCAUUCUGAAGCCCAAAUAUAAUACGUACAAACCAACUGGUCAUAUGGCAAAAUGGACAGAGAACAGCAUUGCAAAUUCUCUGCCUCGAACGCUGCCUAGCACCAUCACAGCGGUACCACAGCCAUUCAUCAUAAAAGCUCACGCAAAGGAAAAAGUCCAGGAGACACAGAUUUAA